UGAAUGGGAGGGCGCUGGGCGCCGUCCCCGGGGAGCUGCCCGAGGAAUGGGAAAGUCACGUGCUAGAGCUGAUCAUUUCACUCCACCUGCUCGCGGCCCUGCCUCCGCCCCUGUGCUUGCAGGCUGGAGACCGAAUUCUUGACGUGCGCCAGACCCUGCGUGGCUUGGCCCCGCGCGCCCUGUUCAGCCUUGGCUUGUAGCGCGUGGCUGUGCUGCUGCAGCGUUGGGGACCCUCUGCUUCCGGAACACGCUUUCGCCCGUGCUAUUCCCUUUGUAAAGAUCUUCCCUUAGGCAGCCUUCCUGUCUCGGAUAGUGUCCGCCUGGCACUGAUGACACUGGUCAUCUUAGCCUGAGCUCCGUGCGGGAAGGCAUCGCGUCCUUCCCCUACCCCCACCCCACCCCCACGAUGUCUCCUGUGGCUCACACAUACCCUGGCAUGAAAUAUGUGUGCGAUAUAUGUUGAAUGAGGAAAGUACAAGUCACUAUGUGAUCUGGGAGACGCCGUGUGCGGGGUGUGGAACAGGGCCCCGGCGCGGUCCGCAGAGACAGGGCGUGCCAUCACCUAGCUGAAGAGCGGUCCGUGAGGGAAGAUACCAGGCAGAGGGUGUCAGUUCAAAGGUUCUGAGGCUGGGGGCGACUUGCUCCUUCGGAGGAGGCAGCAGAUCUGAAGGUCCUGAGUUAGCUCAGAGGAGGAAGCUGAGGACCGGGGUGGCCAAACCCAGAAAGGAGGUGGGUGGCACGGGUUCGCAGAGGGGUUGGCAGGGGACUGCCACCUGCGCUGUCUCUCCUGGGAGGAUGCCGGCCUUCGGGUAGAACAUGAGUAGGGGGUGGUAUAAUCCAGACACGCUGACAUGUUGAGGCGGCCUUUCAGCACCCUUUGCUAAGUCAGUUUCUAGUUGUCACUGGACCCCAGAUUGGAGUGAUGAAAAACACAUCUGCCCAAGGAAAGGCAGGUUUUCUGAGAUCUUUUUCUGAAAUUCCUUAGCUAGUCGUCUGUCGUUCUGUAUUAACUUUUGAAUCACUUGGUCAUGUUCUAAAAGAAAUCUGUUGGGAUUAUGAUGAGAAGCAGUUUAAUGCAGUUAUUAAAGGUGUAGCCUUUGGCAGAUCUACUGUGCGAUCCAGGUUUACCCAUCCACCUGCCGCGUGAUCUUGUUAGAGAACAUGUUGCUGAGUUUUAUCCUUACCUAUGGAAACAAGAAAAGGGUCAGAUGAUUAUUGUUAGUAUUGAAUGGAGAUACAUAUUUUUUAUCCAAAAACCAGUACUACUUUUUUUUUUUUUUUUUUAGAUCUUAGGUUUGUCAGAAAGUUGUGUUGUUAAACUAAGGCCUGGGAUUGCUUUUGUUAGGAUUUUCUUUGGUUUUUCUCUUGUGUUGCCUGAUAUUGGUGAACAUAGGUGCUGGUGACCUGGGGGAAGUUACUUUUCAUUUCAGAAUUACAAGGCUCAUGGUAUAUUGUGGAUUAAAGAUGAAAUAUUUAGACGACACUUAACCAGUGGGCAUUUGGCAAAUGAUUACCGCUACUGUUAUUGGCAGGUUUGUUGGCUCAUGGGAGCACCUUUUACUGUGUGGGGCUCACUCUUGGUUCUCUUCAUUUGUUCCCUCAGCCCCUGCCCUUCCCUGAGAGGGAGCCCAGGUGAUGGCAACCAUGUCCUUGAAAGUCCCAUACCAGCCAGAGGAAUGGCUCUGGGGCAGCAGAGUCUGUUGUUUCAGGAGCUGGUGACUUUUAGGGAUGUGGCUGUGUGCUUCACCCAGGCAGAAUGGGCUGAGCUUUCUCCUGCACAGAGGGCCCUGUACAGAAGUGUGAUGGUGGAGAAUUAUGGGACCUUAACUAUGCUGGGAUACCCAGUUCCCAAACCUGCCCUGAUCUCACUUCUGGAGAGAGGGGAUUUACCUUGGAACCUCGAGGUACAGGAGGAGCCCCCUGCAGAGAGGGCUAGAGAGCUCUGUGAAGCCCCAGCCCUUCCCUGGAGGGGAGACCAAGUGAUGACAGCCAUGCUCUUGACUGCCUGGCCCCAGAAGUUGGUGACCUUUGAGGAUGUAGCUGUGUACUUCACCCAGACGGAAUGGGAUGGCCUGUCCCCUGCACAGAGGGCCCUGUACAGGGAUGUGAUGCUGGAGAAUUAUGGGAAUGUGGCCUCCCUGGGAUUUCCACUUCUCAAACCUGCUGUGAUCUCACAACUAGAGAGAGGAGGUGAGCUGGUGGUCUCAAUCCCACUGACCCCUGGAGCAGCAGCAGGUCCCCAGGGCCUCUGGGCCGUAGAUAUUGGUAUCCAGACUGGCAGUGAUUUGGCAAAGGCAACAUGUGACAAGAAGGCUAGUACAUCAUUUGAGCUUCAGAAGGAUUUCUCCCAGGAAGCAGACUUUUCAGAGGGGCGUUUUCCAGAGAAACAACAGGAAGGCCACUCAGCAGGAAAUAUGAAGAAGGACAGCAGCAGUGUGAUUGAUGCAGCCGGGAAAAAUGAGACAAACCCUGUGGCUGAGUGUGUCUCUGAUCAAAGUCCAAACCUGUAUCUGUGUCAUAACCUCGCCACUAAGGAGCAGCCCCCUGAGCAUCCAGGAUUGAAGAAAGCCUUCAGCUUUGACAUACAGCUCAUUAAACGUGAAACGAUUAAUAUUGUGGAAAGACCUUUAAAAUGUGAAAAAUUAGUAGAAACUUUUAGGUGUGACUCUCAACUUAAUCAGCAUCAAGAGGACUACAGCGGGGAAAAGGCAUUUCAGUGUACAGAGUGUGGCAAAGGCUUCACUGGUAACGCAAAAUUAAUUUGGCAUCAAAGACAUCAUGGUGGGGAGAAACCCUUCAAAUGUGUGGAGUGUGGGAAAAGCUUCAGCUACAGUUCCCAUUAUAUAACACAUCAGACGAUCCACAGUGGGGAGAAGCCCUAUCAGUGUAAGGUAUGUGGAAAGGCCUUUAGCGUUAAUGGGAGUCUGAGUAGGCACCAGAGGAUCCAUACAGGAGAGAAGCCCUAUCAGUGCAAGGAGUGCGGAAAUGGCUUUAGCUGUAGUUCUGCAUAUAUUACACACCAGAGAGUCCACACUGGGGAGAAACCUUAUGAGUGUAAUGAUUGUGGGAAAGCUUUCAAUGUUAAUGCAAAACUGAUUCAGCAUCAGAGAAUCCACACUGGAGAGAAGCCUUAUGAAUGCAGUGAGUGUGGAAAGGGCUUCAGGUGCAGCUCCCAGCUCAGGCAACAUCAGAGCACCCACACUGGAGAGAAGCCGUAUCCGUGUAAAGAGUGUGGAAAAGCCUUCAAUAACAACGCCAAACUGAUGCAGCAUCAGAGAGUCCACACGGGGGAGAAGCCCUAUGGGUGUACCGAAUGUGGAAAAGCCUUCAAUGUCAAAGGGAAGUUAGUCCAGCAUCAGAGGAUCCACACAGGAGAGAAGCCCUAUGAGUGCGGUGAAUGUGGGAAAGCCUUCAGGUGUAACUCCCAGCUUCGGCAGCAUCAGAGAAUCCACACUGGGGAGAAGCCCUAUGAAUGUAAUGAGUGUGGAAAGGCCUUCAACGUUAAUGCAAAACUAACCCAACAUCAGAGGAUUCACACUGGAGAGAAACCCUUUGGGUGUAAUGAGUGUGGGAAGUGUUUUACUUCUAAAAGAAACUUACUUGAUCACCACCGAAUACACACUGGGGAAAAGCCCUAUCAGUGUAAAGAGUGUGGGAAAGCCUUCAGCAUCAAUGCCAAAUUAACCAGGCAUCAGAGAAUCCAUACUGGGGAGAAGCCUUUCAAAUGUAUGGCAUGUGAGAAAGCAUUCAGCUGUAGUUCUGACUAUAUUGUGCACCAGAGAAUCCAUACUGGGGAGAAGCCUUUCCAGUGUAAGGAGUGUGGGAAAGCCUUUCACGUCAAUGCCCAUUUAAUCCGGCAUCAGAGAAGCCACACUGGGGAGAAACCCUACAGAUGUGUGGAAUGUGGCAAAGGCUUCAGCUUCAGUUCUGACUGUCUUAUACACCAGACUGUCCACACUUGGAAGAAGCCCUAUUUAUGUAAUGUGUGUGGGAAAGCCUUCAGGUUUGGCUUCCAACUUAGUCAGCAUCAGAGUGUACACAGUGAAGGAAAAGCCUAGCAGUGAGAAAGUUUCAGAAAACUCCCAAGGUUAGUGCUGAAAUGGAUCAAGUACCAUCAGAUUGACUCUGGUGGGAAACCCUGAGAGAAGUGAAUGUGAUAGUCUUCCAUGGGAACGUUUUUGUUCUGUUUUAUUGAAUUUUUAAUCAGAAAUACAUCAAUUAAAAUGUUACUUGUUUUAUACCAACAACCAGUUAAAAAUAUAAUGAAAGAAAAUAGCCUAUUCCCAGCAGCAGCAUGAAAAGUUGAUUUUCUAGGAAUGUGAUGACACACAAGAAUUAUAUGGAGAAAAUUAGAAAUCUUUAUGAAGGCCACCAAAGGAAUCUUGAAUAAAUGGAGAGAGAAAGAGAGACACCUUACUGUUGGAUCAGGAAAUACAUUUCAGAAAGAUGUUCGCUUUACAUAAAUUUAUUUGUUUAAUUUUUGAUACCAAGCAUGCAUUACUUUUGUAAAGGGGAAAAUAAUAAAGAUUUUAAAAAUAGAAACAU